AUGCAGAAUUUAGCUGUUAAAGUAGCAGACAAUUUAUAUUGGGUUGGUGCUAUUGACUUUGACCUCAGAACGUUUGACAUUAUUGUCCCAACCCCUUUUGGAACAACUUAUAAUUCGUUUUUGUUAACAACUAAUGAUGGAAAUGUAUUAUUUGAGACUGUAAAAGAGCCAUUCCAUCAAGAACAUUUGGAAAGAAUAGAAAAUGUAAUUGGUAAAAAAGGGCAGAUUAAUUAUAUUAUUCUUAACCAUACAGAACCAGAUCACAGUGGUUCAUUAAAUUAUAUUCUUGAAAAACAUCCAAAUGCAACAGUUAUUGCAACAGCUGCUGCUCUUAAUAAUUUAAAAUUUAUUAGUCACCUUUCUACAACAGUGAAAACAGCUUGUUCAAUUAAGUUAAAGAGUCUUCAAGUUGGGAAAUAUCAUCUGAAAUUUUUAAUUCAACCAUUUCUUCAUUGGCCAGAUACAAUGAUGACAGUAAUAGAAGAAUUAAAGGUACUGCUUCCAUGUGACUUUUUUGCUGUUCAUUACGCAGAACCAAAAUUAUUUGAUGAUCAAGUUGAAGGAAAAGAACAAGUGCUUGAAAAAUUAUAUAAGCAUUAUUUUGAUGCUGUUAUGUCACCAUUUAAAGCUAGUGUAUUAAAAGGAGUUCAAUUAGUUGAAACACAAAUGGGAUUUCCUGUUGAAGAAUUACAGGCAAUUUGUUGUAGUCAUGGAUUAAUAAUUAGGAAAGAUAUUAAAAAGAUAAUUGAAAAAUAUAAAGAAUGGAGUGAACCACAAAUAUUAAAAAAUAAAAUAGUAGUUGUUUAUGCUUCUGCUUAUGGAUAUACUAAAAUUAUGACAAAUAGAAUUGUUGAAGGAAUCAGAUCAGUUGGGGUUGAAGUUUCAGUUUAUAAUAUUAUAGAUACAACAGUCAAAGAAAUUUUGAAUGAUUUUAAAGAUGCUAAAGGACUCUUACUUGGAUCACCAACAAUUGUUGGAGAUGCAACACCUCCUUUUUAUGAAUUACUUGGACAUAUGAAUCCGUUUAUUUAUAGUAAUAGACUUAUUCAAUGUUUUGGAUCAUUUGGAUGGAGUGGAGAAGGAGUAAAAAAUUUAAUACCAAGGAUUCAACAACUUAAAGUGAAAGAAGUUAAUAAACCAUUAUCAAUUCGUUUUAGACCAACAAAAGAACAAGAAACAGAAUGUUUUAAUUGGGGAAAAGAUUUUGGGACUAAAGUAAUAGACUAUCACCAUUAA